CGCCGGAGGUCGCGCCAUGAGGUUACUGACUCUACUGGUACUGGUUGCGCAUUUCAUAGCAUCUAACGCACAAGACGAAAACGCAUCAGACAUAUUUGAACCGGCCUCUAUCGAUGAUGUUGACGGACCAGCCGAUUUUGCUGGACGAACAGAGGAGAUUAACGAAGGAUCGGAUGCAUUCGUAAUAAGCACUGCUGUUUUGGAACCUGAGCCAACCACCGUCACUGCUCCCAAAAAAGAAGAGCACACGGUGGAACCUCUGGAGUUGACUACGCUAAGCGACAAAGGCCUCAACACAACCAUUCAAGUGGGCAAUGUUCCGCCGAACGGGCAUGAGGGGACAUCGCCGCUGCCUGAGGAGGCAAUGGCAGCCGAUCCGUUCAGCUUAGACGAUCAAGCAAAGACAAUAACUACGGAACAGCCACUGGUAGCUCCGGUCGUGACAGUAACCCGCGAAAGCGCCACCAACUCUUCUACAGCUGAACCAACUACUCAAAUAGCAUUCAUCACUGGAGCCGUGGACGAUGGGCCAUCGCUACCUGCAGUGAUCCCAAUCAUAGCUCCUACACUUGAGGGUAGAGUACUGAAGGAGAAGGAAGAUGAGAUACAAAGUGCAAUACGUAGCACGACAACAACCGAACUUCCUCCUCUGGCACAGACUACAGAACUGCCAAGCAUUAUCACAGCGCCUGCUUCGGAAAGCCAGGAAGAAGGCAAAAGUAACGAAGAAAUCUCAGCAGUAACUGCAACAACGGCAGCGAAAUCAGAGGAGAAUGCUCAGACCUCUGCUGGAAUUGAUAUGGUCAGCCAUGAUAUCACUGCCACAGAAGCAACAACCUCUGAGCAACCAGUGACCUCUGAGUUACCUGCUACAACAACAACAACAACAGCUACGACAACAACAACAACAACAGGCGCGAUAACAACAACAACAACUACCACAGAGCGCACUACUACGAUUGAUGAAGAUGGUGAGCCAUCUGCGGAUGGAUCGGAGCCAUUCGACCAGGACAAGCUUUCAGCUGUUUUCGAACAGGACGGCUCGUUCAUUCCUGAUCAUUUGGCUAAUCAGCCAACCUCCGAACCUGUCUUCCCAAGAGUCGAACUUCCAGAGGAAAGCGCCGAGUUAAUUGGUGGUGAUCAACGAGCGAAACAGACUACGAGCACAUCAACCUCAGUCACACCAAGUACAGAAAAAGCAACGUUUGUCAUGGAUUCUCAACCAACAACUGUGAUUUUGGACUUCCACCAAGAUGAAACGACAACUCCGGCUGCAAAGAAAGAGGAAGAACCUUCGCCCCCUACGCUUCGUACGCUUCGUCCGAUCAUCAUUCAGCCGAUUGAUACGAAGACGAAUGUUAACGACUUCCAAGUCGGCCAACAAUCGGGAGCUCAACUGGGUGAUAUUAUGAUGCCCACACAACCUACGGACUUCAUGGCAAAACAAGAGGUGUUCACGACUACAUCGACUACGAUUCAAGAAACCACGACCGAAACUACGACAACUUCCGCAGCUCCAGUUCCAGUUGUGUUUGUAAAUCAGCCACAGCCAGAGCCAGCUCCACGACCUGAACCGGAGCCAUCUGCGGAAACUCCACGACCAGAUCCUGAGCCACUGCCUGCGGUAGAGUCACCAGUCCAAACUCAACCUCAACCUCAGCCUGAGCCGGAGCCACAGCCACAACCUCAACCUCAGCCUGAACCGGAGCCGGAGCCACAACCUCAGCCAGAACCAGUACCUGAGCGACAACCUCAGCCGCAACCAGAACCAGAACCUCAACCGCAGCCUCAGCCAGAACCGUCUCGAGAGCCUGAGCCGGGACCAACCCUCCUUGCACGCCCGCCACAGCCUGCACCCGAGCCGGAGCCGCAACCCGAGCCAGAACCGGAACCUCGGCCGACGGGGGUCGAAGCAGGAGUCGAUGAGACGCUACAAAAUCUAAAGAAAGCUGCUCUUACCAUGCGAAUCACUUCACUAGAGUUUAUGGAUGGUUUCGCCGAUAAAACAAGCGGCAAAUUUAGGAAACUUUAUGACCAAGUUGUGCCCGAGCUGCAAAACGUUCUGAAGUCAAUUAUGCCAGACAACUUCGUUAAAUUCGAAGUGGAAUCGUUCAUGAAAGGUUCAGUGAUUGUGAACGGUUUGAUUUUCACACAAAAUGAUAUCCCUGAUGCUGAGGAACUGGCUACGCAAAUCGAAACUGUCAUAUCAGUGAACGGUUCUAAGUUGGGACAGAAUGAAGUCGAUUCUAGGAGUAUUACUGUCAAUGGAAUACCAUCAAGAGCCUACAUUGAACGGGUCCACUCGUCGUACCCUCAAAGUUCAUCGCCAUCCCCUCUUUUGAUAGGAUCCAUAAUUGCCGUCGGAGUGCUCGUCAUAUUAAUCGUCGCCUUUAUUGUCAUUGCGAUAAAUAAUCGACGGACUAAUGGCACAAUGAAAUUGAAAGAUGACGAUAUGCCACGAAUGGAAAACGGGAAAAGCUAUGCAACUCCGCAAACAGUUUCAGUGAAUUUAAUGUCAUAUGGAAAUGGUACCACGACGACGCCGCCACAUCAUGGACCAAUGAUGACGUCACUAUCAGUGAAUCCGAAUGAACGAGAAGUCUGUUAGUAACGGCGUACGACCAUUCGGCUGUAUGAAAUCUCAAUUAGACCUCAUAUCUGCACAAUUUUUUUCCUUGGUUCCCUCCUCCCCCCCCCCCCUCUUCUUCCGUCAUGCGAAUAUGCUGAUGUCGCACUUCUUUCCUUGUUAAUUUUUUUCUUUUUCUUGACGCGUGACCUGCGCUCGCCGCCGCCUUUUGCCAUGUUUUUGCUGCUCUUUCAUACUUUCGUAAACCGGUCCUGAUUAUUUCCCAUUUAUAGAAUGAUCUUCCUUGAUGACGAAGGUAUGAAGGUUGAACGUGAAUGUGGUCAUGAACCGCUUCUGUACUGUAAAUUCCGCUGAUCGUUGAGCUCAAUCAUAGUUAUUGCAUUAUAUUAUUAUGAAAAUAAAU